ACUUCCUGAUAAGCCUUGGAUAUUCCUGAAAAUUUGUAGGAAACAGUUACAAAUAUCGAACCCCUUCUCAAAAUAUAUUUGAUUUAAUAUAAGCUGCAUGUGUUUUGUAGUUUGCUUAGGGCAUCGGCCGCCAGAAGUUGCAGUGGAUCGUGAUCCCAAAGUGGCAAGCAGUCUGACGAAGACGAUGUUGUAAAAAAUAUCGUAAAGGUGACUGCAUGGACAUCACGCUGGAGCAAAGAUGCGCAGCCGACUGACUUGGCUGUGCCAUUUUUAAGAUCCAGUGCAUGGCGGAUUUACCGUUUGUGCUUUGUGACGAGCUAGAACGAUAGCUGGUCGAGAUAUUCCACCGUACCCGCCAGGAGUGUGGACGCAUCUGCACUUCCAGCCAGCUUCUGACUUCAGCGCGAUCUUGCGGAUAUUUCCAGGACUAUCAGAUGCAAGUUCUCUGCCAGCGAGAGAGGCGUCCUUGAUUUUUCCGGACCUUUGAAGUUUCGCCCGACUUCGUGUGUCAUGGCGUGGGCUCUGAAAUUGCCGCUUGCAGAUGAAGUCAUCGAAUCGGGUCUGGCCCAGGACUUUGAUGCAAGUCUGUCUGGAAUUGGGCAAGAACUUGGAGCCGGAGCAUAUAGCAUGAGUGAUGUGCUGGCCCUCCCCAUCUUCAAGCAAGAAGAAUCAAAUUUGCCCCCUGACAAUGAAAACAAGAUCCCACCCUUCCAGUAUGUUCUGUGUGCCGCCACCUCCCCCGCCGUCAAGCUGCAUGAGGAGACCCUCACCUACCUUAACCAAGGACAGUCCUAUGAAAUCCGAAUGCUGGAUAACCGGAAAGUGGGGGAACUCCCCGAGGUCACAGGAAAGAUGGUCAAAAGCAUCAUUCGUGUGGUCUUUCAUGACCGACGCCUUCAAUACACGGAACACCAGCAGUUAGAAGGAUGGCGCUGGAACCGCCCGGGGGAUCGCAUUCUUGACCUAGAUGUCCCUAUGUCUGUUGGCGUGACCGAUCCAAGAAGCAACCCAACACAGCUGAACACCGUAGAGUUCCUAUGGGAUCCUUCCAAGAGGACAUCCGUUUUCAUCCAGGUGCACUGCAUUAGUACAGAGUUUACCAUGCGUAAACACGGCGGAGAGAAGGGUGUUCCGUUCCGAAUCCAGAUCGACACAUUCAAGGAAAACGAGGGCGAGGAAUACACCGAACACCUUCAUUCUGCGAGCUGCCAAGUCAAAGUGUUCAAGCCAAAAGGUGCUGACAGAAAGCAGAAGACCGAUCGGGAGAAGAUGGACAAGAGGGCCCCACAGGAGAAGGAGAAAUACCAGCCGGCUUAUGAGACCACAAUCCUCACAGAGUGUUCUCCAUGGCCAGAAAUUACAUAUGUCAACAACUCUCAGCCCCCUGUCUUCAACAACACCAACAACUUUCCAGUGGCUGACGGCAAUAGCUCUCCCAGCCACCAGCCGGAGCCUGUCGUGCCACAGACAGAUAACCUUCUGCCCACUGCCACGCCUCAGGAGGCCCAGCAAUGGCUGCUCCGAAACCGCUUCUCACCCUUCUGUCGACUCUUCACCAACUUUUCAGGAGGAGACUUGCUGAAACUGACGCGGGAAGAUGUCAUUCAGAUCUGUGGCCCUGCAGACGGAAUCCGACUCUUCAAUGCGCUGAAGGGCCGGGUUGUGCGUCCCCGGCUCACCAUAUACGUGUGCCAGGAGUCGCAGCAAGCAGGAGAUCAUCAGCAGAAGCAUGAGAACGGAGAUGGGAGCAGCAGCACGAAUGGAACCUUCUACGUGUACCACGCUGUUUACCUGGAAGAACUGUCAGCCAUCGAGCUGACGGAGAAGAUAGCCCAGCUUUUCAACAUCUCGCCAAGACAGAUCAGUCAGAUUUACAAGCAGGGCCCAACGGGAAUCCAUGUUCUGGUCAGCGAUGAGAUGAUACAGAACUUCCCAGAUGAGUCGUGUUUCGUCCUGGACACGAUGAAAGCCGAGAAUAACGAAGGGUACCAUGUCAUCCUGAAGUGAAGGCCUCGUGAGAAGAUGUCAAGAUACGAAUCAAAGCCCAUGAGGUCCCAGUGAUGCCCUGGUUCUCCAAUAUACAUCUGGUUGUUUUCGCUGUUCAACUGUCAAAUUAAUCUGGUGGGCUUACUGUUCUCAAAAGGAUGUCUUCUAAAGGGGCGGGGGGGUUAUGUACUUUUUAUGUUUUUAAAUAUUUUUUUUAUCAUGUUGUUGUUUUGCAUCCCUGUUCUAACUUAAUGGAUCACGGUCCAACUUUAUGGUUGCUUAAGUUAUCUUAUGUUCUUGUUUUAAUGCUUCUGGAUUUUUUUAACUGGUCUUCAUCAGUUUCUCACCCUCGUUUUUCUCUCGUUCUCAUGUCCAGAGAACCAUGAGCAAAGUGGGUGAUAUUAUAUUUAAUUUUCUUCUUAUUAUUAAUUUUAUUAUUAAAUGCCAGACCUCUGGGGUAUUCCCCAUUGCCGACCCUUAGAUUGAGCGGCGCUUUCUGCUUCCUCAUCUGCGUCCAGCUGCUAUACAUACCUGCCGUCUACGGUCCCAAAAGCGCAGCAGAGCUAUGCACUAAUACAUGCCAGAUCUCGCUACAAAUAAUCGUAGAAGUUCUCAGGUGGUAGCAUAGGGUAAGUUUGAUAGAGUAUGUAGGUGAUUCACUGCCUGUGGCAUGUGCUGCAGACCCAUGGCAGCAUCCAGGAUACCUGCUGCCUUAUUGUUUAUGCUGUGUAUUGUCUGAAAGCUUCUCGGGAGGAGUGAGGUGAUGAUUGGCUGGCGCUGAGAGUUGCCAGGGCCUCCCGUGCUGCUGUUUGAAUGUCUCCUGCCCUUUUCAUCUGCAUGUUCCUAUACAUGGCUUCUCCGUCUCAUUCCAAAUCAUCUGCAUGACUUCUCCAUUCGUGGCAAAAACGGGCAGAAGUGCUGCUUGUGGAUCUCCUCACCCCCCACAUAAUUUUUUUUCUGGGUUCUCCAGCGAGAGGCCAUUUGGACUAGGUCUCCAUUCUCCCUCUACUUUGUUACAAGGGUCAGACAGAAAGUAAAUACUGCCGACUAUUGUAUGAAGAUUAAGAAAUUUUUUUAUGCUGAAGAAGGUUUGUAGGGUUGAGCAAAAAAGUGUCUUCCUGGUUACUUUUCCUCCUCAUUUUAGUUCCGGAAUCGUUGGUCUAACGCCACAAGAAAGGCAGCUUUGGAUCUGUAGCUCUGAGUUUUGACAUUCAUAGACACGAGGCUGCCGCCAUACUGGAAACAGCGAGACGUCCGCGCCGAAACCUAGGCUACCAAUGCGAGCCACAGAUGCAGUAUAAACGCUGAUCCCAUCCACUGUAUUGAGUGCAUUUGUAAACCUGACAGUACUGCCCAUUUUGUUGCUAUCUAUGAAAACUGUGUUUUAUGACCGUGGGUCUCUGUUAAGCAUCAUUGUGCUAUUACAUUUUGAACUUACAGACAAAUAUUAAACAGAUAUUUUUGCUUGUGUUAUGAUUAUUGCAUUACCGACUAUGUCUACUGAUCGUGUUUCCGAAGAGUAUAUUUUAUACUUUUUUUUUUAAAUGGCCUGUGUUGUUAGAUUUUAAAUAAAACGUUGCAGUAGCAAAAGACACUGUGAA